AUGUCUUAUACUUCAGUACCACAAUUCACACAACCGAUCUCAAAAAGUUCCUCAAUAGGCAUUAUUGGUGCAGGACCUGCUGGCAUAUCAAUAGCUUAUAACCUACGAAAAGAGGGAUAUAAAAACAUCACGAUACUCGAGUCCUCAUCCCACAUUGCAGGCAAAUCAUCAACCUUCUUUCAUGAAAAUAAAGGUUAUGAUGUUGGAGCAUUAAUGGUCGGUCAUAAUUACACAAACAUAAAAGCUCUCGCUGCCGAACUUGAUUGCCCUCUCGAAACAUUUACCGGCCGUGCACUUGAUAUCGACAAUAAUACCUAUUACGUAGAUAACACGGAUAAGAUUGGGAUCUACCCAAAGUUGCUCCCACAUCUUAACCAUUUCUUGGAACAGAAACAAUCAUUUUUGGAUGUUUCUCGACCUGGUCAUGGUCAAUUAAGCGAAAGUGAAUUAUAUGCUCCCAUCACCCAGUUUUUAAAGGAUCGUGACAUGUCAUAUUUAAUGGACGCGUGGAGUUUGGCUUACACCAGUGCUGGCUACGGGUAUAUACAGGAUGAUAUCCCUGCUGCCUAUUUUUUAAAAUUUAUUGAAAAUAGUGAAAAUACGAUCUCGUAUUUUAAAAACGGUUUCCAAGACUUUUGGGCAAAGAUGUCUGAGAAUCUCAAUGUGGUUUGCAAUGCCAAAGUAAUAUCCAUUGAUCGUUCUUUAAAACGUCAGAAUAUCGGCCCAAUACUCGUUACUAUUCAAAUGAGCGACUUCAACCAAACGCUCGCUUUUGACAACAUCAUCAUUGCGACAAACCCCCGCCAAACCGAACAAUUCCUUUCCGCACCAACUCCUUUGGAAAAAAACAUAUUUUCCAAAAUCAUCACGUUCGACUUUUACACCAUCAUUGCCACCGUGAAAAACCUACCCACUAAAGUGGGUAUGACGACCAUACCAAAGUAUUGUUCGGAUAAACGUUAUGUUGGUCACAUGACUGCGUAUUACUGCGCUUAUCAUGGGGUCCCAACUUAUUUAUUCUAUGCCUACGGAAAUAAAGAAAUUGGUCCCGAAAGAGUUACCGAAAUGUUCAAAGAGGACAUCAAAAUUAUGGGAGGAGAAUUAGAAGAAAUACAUUAUAAUCAACGUUGGGAUUUCUUUCCUCAUGUAUCCUCGUUAGAAAUGGCAAGAGGCUUUUACAGUCAGGUUGAGAACAUGCAAGGACAAGAUGGAACUUUCUAUGUUGGUGGCUGGUUAGACUUUGAGCUCACCGAAAAUUGUGUGUCAUAUUCACGUGACUUGGUCAAGCGAUUCUUCAACCUUUCCAACAAUCCAGAGAAAUCGACCCAUUUACCGAUUCGAUCUCAGAUUGAAAUCAAACCAACCUCCACGCUUAAUUGGGGUAUGGUAUUACGUUUGGCCGCAAAACGUUUCCCAAAUAAAGUCGCAUUCACCUGGGUAGAUGUAAAUAUUAAGGAAGAAGCAAGAAUCACCUACGCCGAAUUAUAUAAACAAGCACGUUCUGUGGCUCACUAUUUAAGAAAUAAGGCAGGACAUAAAGUUGGUGACCCAAUCUUACUUUGUUAUGCACCGGGUCUCAAAUUCCUUCCUAUACUAUUUGGAUGUAUGUUGGCAGGUAUCAUUGCUGUUCCUAUCGCCCCACCAAAUCUUGCUACUGCUGAAAAAGACAUUGCCAGAUUCAAAUACUUGGCUCAGACCACUGGGGCCAAGUUAGUAUUUUCGGACAGGAAUUAUAUGAAUUACACAAGGCUUUAUGCCGCAGGAAGUUUCAUUGGGAUUGGGAAAAAGGUUGACUGGCCUGAAGAUUUAACUUGGGUUGAAGGAGAAAGCGUAAUUUCAUCUGCUGAUCUUUUCGAUGAAAUUUUAAUUGAGCAAGUAGGAUGUGAAAACGUUGCCGUUAUACAAUUUUCUUCGGGAAGCACCGGGGAUCCCAAAGGGAUCAUGUUGACGCACAAAAAUCUUUUACACAAUGUGGACCUGAUGCAAAAUGAAAUCAAUUUGGAUGCGGACAGCACCAUUGCUUUUUGGGUUCCACAAUUCCAUGACCUUGGGUUGAUUGGAGGUUUCUUGAACACGAUUCGGGGAGGAUGUAAAUCAGUCGUCAUGUCCCCUUUGACAUUUUUGCAAAAACCAAGUUCUUGGCUUCAGAUGAUCACGAAUUAUCAAGCGACGUUUACUGCUGCACCCAAUUUCGCUUACGAAUUGGUUGCUCGAAAAUGUCCAGAUCAGGACAUUGAAAAAUUAGACUUUUCUUCAUUGCGUGGUGCUUUUAAUGGUGCUGAACCUGUUCGUUGGUCAACCUUGAAAUCUUUUGUCAAAAAAUUUGGACCUGCAGGAUUUAAACUUUCAACGUUCAAGUGCCUUUAUGGCUUAGCUGAGCAUUGUGCAUACUCCGUUGGGUUCAGGAAUCAACAUGAUGUACCAACGGUAAUUAACAUCGAUGCCGAUUUACUUCGUGAAGGUCGGGUUAAAAUUCAAAAUGAAGCAAAUGCUCAAGAAAAUAAUAUCGUUUCAACCGGAAUUCCAAAUUUAUCCAUGCAGGUUGAGGUCAGAGUUGUUGAUCAAGAAACUAGCCAACUUUGUUCUCCAAACGUUAUUGGUGAGGUUUGGGUAUCUAGUCCUAGUGUUGGUAAGGGCUAUUAUGGAAAGGAAGGAAUUAGCAAAGAAACCUUCAAAGCAAAAUUAUGUAAUAGCGACCACGGUAAUUGGGUAACUGAUAAUGGAAGUUUUUUACGGACAGGUGAUCUUGGAUUUUUAUAUAAUGGAGAAUUAUUUAUCACGGGACGUGUAAGUAUACCAAAUUUUUCUUUACGAGUUCAUUCACGUGAUACGCAGCAAGAUAUUAAUCCUGAUUUUGAUUUUUUUUUUUUUUUGAUGUCUUUACAGCAAAAGGAUGUGAUAAUAAUUAACGGUAAGAAUCACUAUCCUCAGGAUAUCGAAUUGACAAUCCAACAAUGUCAUAAUGACAUUCGACCUGGAUGUAUUUGCGCAAUAAAUCAUUCCGAUGCCGAAACUGGUACAGAUUCACUUGUUGUCCUCGUUGAAAUCAGACAACAAAAGACCAUUAAACAAGAGACCUUACAAGAAAUUUGUGAUUGCAUCUCACGAGCCGUUCCAGGAAAUCAUGGCCUUACAUGCCAACGCAUUGUCCUUUUAAAUCAACAUAGUCUACCAAAGACAACGAGUGGAAAGCUUCAACGUUCCAAGACCAAGGAUAUGUUAUUUGAUGGACUGAUGGAUAAAAAAAUUCUUAUCAGUAUUGGAGAAAAAUCAAAUCAAGUUCAACCCAAAAAAUCAAGCGGCAGAAAUUUACCAUUAAUAGAUUUACAAACGGUCGAACGAAAAAUUUGUGUCCACGUUCACCGAAUUUCAAAAUUGGCAGCCAGAAAACCAGUUAGUGAAAUCGAUGUUCAAGCCAACUUAAUAACUACUUAUGGGUUCGAUUCACUCGGAGCUGUGCAAUUAACGGCCUGCCUCAAGGAAGAAUUUGACAUUGAAGUCGCUCCUGCUCUUUUGAUGGAUUUACCAACAAUCUCUGGAUUGGCUGGACAUGUUUUAAAACAGUUACCUUCUUCAAACAUGAUUUGUGAAGAACCAAUUUCUGAAGAAGAAUUUGAAGAGUAUGAAAUUGAAGAAGUUGUGGAAAAUGAAAAUGUCUUGACAAUCAAACAAAUUCAAGAAAAGAUCGCAAGUCAUGUUCACGCCAUUUCGAAAAUUGCUGCGAAAAUUCCAAAAAAUGAACUAAAUUUCAAAGCAAAUCUCAUCACUGACUAUGGAUUCGAUUCAUUAGCCGCUGUACAAUUAACAGCUUCAAUGAAACAAAGUUUCGGUAUCGAGGUCGCCCCCGCCUUGUUAUAUGACGUGCAUACAAUUGCAGAUUUAAGUGACCACGUCAUGCAACAACUCAAUGAACAACCAAAACAACAAAAAAGACAAACUCGUGUCAUAAAAAAGAGACAACAAAAUAUUCAUAUUUCGAAUAGUUCUAAAAGAAAAGUAAUAACAAUCGAAGAUGAUGGAAAGGAAGCUCCAAUAGUAGUUCCCUUAGCCCCAAAGAAUGUUAUCAAUAAACACAACGCACCACUUUAUUGCAUACAUCCUUUAUUGGGUAAUGUAGCAAGUUAUGUCUUCCUCGCAAAAAAUCUUGGAAUCUCCCGACCUGUUUAUGGAAUUCAAGCUCCAAGUGAUGUUGAUGCUGACAUUAAGACGUUAGCUCGAAGAUACGUACGCGCGAUUCAAUUACAUCAGCAGACCCAACCAUAUUAUUUAUGUGGAUAUUCUUAUGGUGGAUUAGUUGCUUGGGAAAUGGCAAGGAUUUUACAAGGACUUGGAGCUAAAGUUGGUGGACUUUACCUUAUUGAUGCGCCUGCCCCACUUCAAAAACGCGUUCGCAGAUCAUCGUUGGAUGGUGAGGAACCACAUCUCUUAUGGAAAGAUGAUAUUGAACAAUUAUUAAAUGAUGUGGACUCACAAUGGAUGAUUCGAUCUGAAAAUGAAGAUCCUGCAAAAAUCGAAGCGUUCAAGAAACAAGUUGGAACCUUAAUUGCUUCUAUGUAUUCUUAUACAUCAGAUCUUACAACUAUCGAAGCAGUUCAACAAUUCCCAAUACAUUAUUGGAGAGCAAAAGAUUACGCAGGAAAAACGAGCAAAUUAUUACUUGAUCAUCCAUUAUUCCAUGAACCAAACUUUGGUUGGGAACAUUACCAAGGUGAAAUCACAUUUCACCGUUGUAUACCAGGGCAUCAUUAUAAUGUAUUACGCGAAGAAACAGCUGGACGAUUGGCAAGAGAAUUUGAUACAAAUAUGCCAAUGCAAACUAGAAGGGGAAGUACCGAUCUUAAACCAUUAAUGUUAGAAAAACUCGCUACAUCAUCACGAGGAAUCUCACCUACUACUUCAAAUUCGAUGUUCCGAGGUUCAAAAUCAAAGAGUAUGACUGAAUUGGUCAUGAAUACACAAGUGCCACUACCACUAGUAUUACACGAAGACGAAAUCCCAAUUGAUCCGGUGACCAAACUUUCAAAUUGGGAUUGUCAAGGAGCAAUAGAUUUUGAAUCAUUCGUAAGAACGCUUUGUCAUUUACGUACCACUGGUACACUUCCACCAACGUUCUUUUCUAAAGAAAAUAAAAAUGAACGUAUCGAGGUUGAAUCUGUCGAAUUGAAUAACUUGGUUACCGAAUUAUCCGAUCGAGUGAUGAAUCUAUUAAAGGAAUUUGGUGAAAAGAAGGAUGAAUGGAGUUUUUUAUUCGUUGAUGGAUUUUUGUUAUACGUCGAUCAAGACGUUAUCAAUGAAUUGGAUAUCAAAUUAUUCGUUAAAACGAAACGUGAAAUAUUAAAACGUCGAAGAGAAGCUAGAUCAGGUUACGUUACCAUGGAAGGUUAUUGGGAAGACCCACCAAAUUAUUUUGAAGAUAUAGUUUGGCCAAAUUAUAUCCAAGCCAAUAAGCAUAUAUUAAUGCAAUCGGGAGAUUUAGAAAAUGAUGAAAAUGUGGUGUCUAAAAUAAUUGAUGAUGAUUUAAUUGUAUUAGAAUCUGAUGACGUUUCAAUGUUGAUUAAAAACAUUGAAACUUCAGUAAAUAAAGUUUUAGAUCAUAUUGUUUCAAGAUUGAAUUAA